GGCGCUGUCUCCGUCGGCUCUGCUGGUGUCAGUUUGUCCGGCUUCCUCUCUGUCCCUCAUUCCCAGCGGCUGACGGCGACGGCGGCGGCGGGCGGGGCCUGGCGUUUCGAGGUCGAGCGGCGCCGGGGUGAGGGGCGCGGAGGAGGAGGAGCAGUAGCAGGAGGAGGAGCCGUGUGCCCUGGCACCGAGCGGCCGCGGCCAUGGCGUACGCCUAUCUCUUCAAGUACAUCAUCAUCGGCGACACAGGUGUUGGUAAAUCAUGCUUAUUGCUACAGUUUACAGACAAGAGGUUUCAGCCAGUGCAUGACCUAACUAUUGGUGUAGAGUUUGGUGCUCGAAUGAUAACUAUUGAUGGAAAACAGAUAAAACUUCAGAUAUGGGAUACGGCAGGGCAAGAGUCCUUUCGUUCCAUCACAAGGUCAUAUUACAGAGGUGCAGCAGGGGCUUUACUAGUGUAUGAUAUUACAAGGAGAGAUACAUUCAACCACUUGACAACCUGGUUAGAAGAUGCCCGCCAGCAUUCCAAUUCCAACAUGGUCAUUAUGCUUAUUGGAAAUAAAAGUGACUUAGAAUCGAGAAGAGAAGUAAAAAAAGAAGAAGGUGAAGCUUUUGCACGAGAACAUGGUCUUAUCUUUAUGGAGACUUCUGCUAAGACUGCUUCCAAUGUAGAAGAGGCGUUUAUUAAUACAGCAAAAGAGAUUUAUGAAAAAAUCCAAGAAGGAGUCUUUGACAUUAAUAACGAGGCAAAUGGCAUUAAAAUUGGCCCUCAGCAUGCUGCUACUAAUGCCACACACGCAGGCAAUCAGGGAGGACAGCAGGCCGGGGGAGGCUGCUGUUGAAUCCGUUUUUACUGUCUCGCUGCCCACAUGGGGCUACUCACUUACUCCUUCACCCUCUCCUCCUGCUCAGCUGAGACAUGAAACUAUUCGAAAUGGCUUUAUGUCACAGAAGACUUUAAUCCUUCGAAUUCUUGUAUAACUUUGAAUAAAUGGUUAAUGUUCACUUAAAAAGACAGAUUUUGGAGAUUGUAUUCAUAUCUAUUUGCAUUUGAUUUCUAGGUCAAUUGAUGUGAUUAUUUUUGUUAAAUGUUGUCUUGUGCCCUUCCCUACGAACUGAAUUGUAUUAAACACUACAAAGUCAUCUUGAGUAUUUUAAAUUGGUUUGUGUAGUUAGGUUUCCCAACACCUGUGGUUACCUAAUGUUUAAUACUAUAGAACUGUCCUCAGAAAGUUUGUCAAUUUUCAAGGCUAUAAGGAAAAACAGAAGGACUCUUUUAAUUCUAUAUUUAUCAUUACUUUCUGUAUAUAUAGUUUAAUAACCUGCUUGGGUGUAAUUUGCCAAGCUUGAAUUCUUUAAUGCAUUUGCAUAAAUUCUAUACCAUUUAGAGCUUAAAGCUACAGAAGCAUUGUUAGGAAUUGCUUGGACACUGAAUUUUAAACUUUUUGACAUUGUUAACGAGCAUGUUCAUCUUUUCUUGUCACUAGUUCAAGAAAAAUAUGCUUAAUGUACAUUACUAAAGACUAUGUAUGUGUUAACCUGUUUUACUGCCAAAAGUUUGCUAUUUGUCCACAAUUUCUUUAAGACCUGUUCAGAAAAGGAUUUGUUUGCCUUAACAAAUACUGUUGGGUAAAAACACAGUAUAAUGAGUGAAAUGGGUGCACGCAGGAACAGCCUACACCUGAGUGACUCCAAGAAGAAGGGAUGUCCACGCUACGCGUAGAUGGCACGUUAUGAGGACUUUAAUCUUUCCUUAAACACAAUAAUGUUUUCUUUUUCUUUUAUCCACAUGAUUUCUAAGUAUAUUUUUCAUGCAGGACAGUUUUUCAACCUUGAUGUACAGUGACUGUGUAAAAUUUUUCUUUCAGUGGCAACCUAUAAUCUUUAAAAUAUGGUAAGCAUCUUGUCUGUUUUGAAAGGGAUAUGACAAUAAACCUACCAGAUGGAAAAUCCUGUUAAAAAGUAGACAAGCUUUAGUAAUUUACUCAGUGUGGUGGUUUUAUCCUUUUUUUUCUUUCUCUCCCUUGGUCUAUAAUGAAAUUGUUAUAGCAGUGCAAAAAUAAAGUCCUAUGUAUAAAA